CCCAGAGACUUGCUUCUUGCUGGGAGAGAUGACUCUAGCCUGGAAACAUUUGCCGGGAGCUUUGCACCUGUACAACUCUGCGGCCAGGAUCACUAAGACAUGUCCGUCCCGGAGCGGUGCUUUCUGGAUAUCUGCUACCAAGCUCAGUCUUCACACAAAACCCAGAAUGCCACCUUGUGACUUCAAACCUGAAAGAUACCAGUCUCUUGACUAUAACCGCAUCCUGGACAUCCACGAGCAUCACCUCACCCCAGUGCACACCACGUACUUCCCGAAGCCCUUGUUGCUCCACCAGGGCCACAUGAAGUGGCUGUUUGAUCAUGAGGGAAACCGAUAUCUGGAUUUCUUCUCAGGGAUCGUCACUGUCAGUGUUGGUCACUGCCACCCGAAGGUCAACAUAGUGGCCCAACAGCAGCUUGGCCGCCUGUGGCACACAAGUGCUGUCUUCCUCAAUGCUCCCAUCCACGAAUAUGCAGAGAAGCUUGCAGCACUUCUUCCUGAGCCCCUAAAGGUUAUUUUCUUGGUAAACAGUGGCUCGGAAGCCAAUGACCUGGCCAUGAUGAUGGCCAGAGCACACACAAAUAACACAGACAUCAUUUCCUUCAGAGGAGCUUACCAUGGCUGCAGCCCUUACACCCUUGGCUUAACAAACGUUGGGCCUUUCAAGACAGAACUCCCCAGUGGGCAGGGCUGUAAAUCCACAAUGUGCCCAGAUGUUUUCCGUGGCCCCUGGGGAGGAAGCCACUGUCGAGAUUCUCCUGUGCAAACCAUAAGGAAGUGCAGCUGUACACCAGAUUGCUGCCAGGCUAAAGACCAGUACAUAGAACAGUUCAAAGAAACGCUGAGCACGACCGUGGCCAAAACCAUUGCUGGAUUUUUUGCUGAGCCAAUUCAAGGGGUGAAUGGAGCUGUUCAGUAUCCAAAGGGGUUUCUAAAGGAAGCCUUCCAGCUGGUGCGAGAGCGGGGAGGCGUGUGCAUCGCAGAUGAAGUGCAGACAGGCUUUGGAAGGUUGGGCUCUCACUUCUGGGGUUUCCAAACCCACGGUGUCCUGCCAGACAUUGUCACCAUGGCUAAGGGAAUUGGAAAUGGCUUCCCAAUGGCAGCAGUUGUGACAACUCCAGAGAUAGCCAAGUCCUUGGCCAAGCGACUGCUUCACUUCAACACCUUCGGAGGAAACCCUUUGGCUUGUGCCAUUGGCUCAGCAGUGCUUGAGGUGAUCCAAGAGGAGAAUAUGCAGCAGAAUAGCCAGGAAGUGGGCACCUAUAUGCUACUGAAGUUUGCUAAGUUGCGGGAGGAAUUUGAAAUUAUCGGCGAUGUCCGAGGAAAAGGCCUCAUGGUCGGCAUCGAAAUGGUGAAGGACAAGAUGGGCCGUCAGCCUCUGCCCCGUGAAGAGGUAAACCAGAUCCACGAGGACUGUAAGCAAAUGGGGCUCCUAAUUGGCAGAGGCGGCGUUUUUUCUCAGACAUUCCGAGUUGCACCCCCAAUGUGCAUCACUAAACCAGAUGUUGAUUUUGCGGUGGAAGUGUUUCGUUCUGCUAUAAUCCAGCACAUGGAGAGAAGAGCUAAAUAAAAAAAUAAUAAUAAUUAAUUAAUUAAACAUACAGACAUGCCCAUUUAUGUUCAAGAGUUUCUAUGAGGAAUUCCAGAGUCACUGGUAUGAGCUGUAAAAGAGAAGGCUGAGUGUGGACCGGCCACGUCUGAU